UAAGUAAUCACAAUUAAUCAAUUUUAUGCUGUACCUAAAUAAUAUUUUUAAAUAAUCGGGAUAUAUAUCUAUUUUAAAAGUUUCAAAGAUAAUAAGCACAAUGUCAAAUACGCAUUGUGCAGUACAAGGAUGCAAAAUAAGUGUUUAUAAUAAACCGAUUGGCGUCUAUUUUCAUCCAUGUCCUGCAUCAAAUGAUAUGAGGAAUAAAUGGCUGCAUGCAUUGAAAAAUAAAUGUGCCGUACUUGAUUGGAAAAAAAGUCGCAUUUGCUCCAAGCACUUUGAAAAUAAAUAUUUUGAUGCUCAAAGAAAACUUAAAGAUACUGCUGUACCUACGCUGUUUCCAAGCAUUGGUCAAGUUCAUAAAAUUGCCUACACCUCAAAAACCAGAGUUGACAAAAUAUUACAUGGAUUACCCCAGGCAGAACUUGUAAUGGAUAUCAAGAAAAGCUUGCUAAAUCUAAAAGAGCCAGCAAACUUUGACAAGAAGGUAUCAGAUGAUUUGAAAUGUAGAUCUGACGCCCCAGUAGAAACACAGCAGUGGCUCUUAAUCAAGAAACAAAAUCAUUUAAACACAAGAUUGUUGGAGCUUGUAGCUCAGAACAAAAGACAUGCAGAAAUCCUUCAAAAGAAUAUGGACGAAUCUAAAAAAAAUAUAGAUUCACACAAAUAUAUUAUAAAAAGUCUACAGGAAAAAUUGGUACAUCUUGAGGAGCAAAUUGAAAUCUUAACUGCAGUGGAAUCACGGUAGAUUAAUAAUAUUGUGUCUGUUUUCUAAAAAAUAAAUAAUGCUAAGCUUUAC